UGUUGAAGAAAACUGUCUUUUGGACACAUAUGAUGCCACAAAUUUCAACAACGUUUUACUUCCCAUCUUGUUUUCUUUUUACUCGAUCAUGUGACAAGUCACGUGACUUUGAAGUUUGACUCUUACUUCACUAUAGAAACAGUUUCAAAAUGGCGACCAAGGUUCAGAAAAAUUUGUCUAUGAGCUUAUCUGACAUGCCAGGGCUACAUACCGUGAAAGCCCCAAAAACAAAGCUUUUACGCAAACCAAGAGCGCCUCCCCCUAAAUCUAAAAUACCAACACCACCUCCACCCGAGAAAUUUUACAUUGAAGCUGAGCCCAAAGUGUUACCACAUCAGCGAUCUCCAUAUUUGAACCAAACAAAUUCAUCUUUGAAGAAUAAUGUCUCGCCAGUGCCAAGUAUUGAACAUCCAAGCAUGGUCACUCCUCCUCCUUCUGAAGCUGGGCAUGACUAUAUAAAUCACAUUGAACCUGGAGAUGAUAUUGCGUUAGCUCAUAGUCAAAGCAUUGAUAUUGAGGAAUACAGACUAAUGAGUAGGCUAACUUCCCAGCCAUCACCCGUGUCAAAUAGUCUACUAAAAAGUGCAACUCAAAAACAAGUGUCAAAAUUCAACAAAGACGAUAAAAAAUAUGUCCUCGAUGCAAACUACAGAGAAUCAACAUUUGAUGUGAAUGGUUUACAAGAAGAUGGGAUUAAAACAAAGCAAAGCAGUGUAAAGCCAUACAAACCAAGGGGACCAGAUGGGUUACCCAUGAGGAUGCCUAAACAACCUCCUGUAGUUUCUAAUGUUUAUCUCUAUGCAGAUGGGCCUGAGACAUAUCGACCACCAGCAUUUACCCUCGAAGACUUUUUAGUGCAAAUGUCUCAUAUUCAUAAACUAUCACUAGGCAGUGUUAAAGAAAAAAUGCUGUCAAGACAUAACUAUAAAAAAUUGACUCGGAUUCUUGCUGACAAAUGUUUCAAGUUACAACAAACUGAACUAAAGACAGUAAACAUAACAAUAAAAGAUGAAGAUAUUCCUGUGAAAGUUACUCCAAGGGUGCCUCAACAGCAGCUUCUUAUAGAGAUGGCUGCUGUUAUCAAAGAACAGUUCAAGAACAUCAUGAAAUCAGAGGUCAAGACUGUCAUACGUCCAUUGCCAAAGUACUCCCCUCCCUAUAUCCCUGGCACUGCCCCUCACACGGAGAUCAUACUGUAUGAGGAUGACGGGACAGUGCUCCGAGAAAAAUCACUACAAAUGAUACGUGAUUCGACAAUGCCCACUAAGGAUGCAGUUUUCCAGUCUGCAGAUUCAAGACAUUUCCAGGGCUCCAGAAGGAGUAACUCCCCUUUCGCAACCAAUGAGGAGCAAAUUUCACCUGCAGAAUUGUCUGUUCUGGACUGUCUCGUCAGUGGAGCUACUGCACUGAGUCUCAAGGCUCAUUUCAUCUCAGAGAUCCCUGAUAUCCAACCAGUCUCCAGGACCCUCAGAUAUCUGAAUUUAUCCUUCAAUGAUUUCUCUGAAAUUCCUGAGGUUGUGUUUUCGUUGCAUCGUCUUGAGAUUCUGAAACUGCGCAACAAUCCAAUUGAGGAGAUUCCACCUGCGAUAUCUGGUCUGAAGAGACUCCGAUCUCUUGUUAUCUCAUUCUGUAUGCUAAGCUCGGUCCCUGUAAGUUUAUUCCAAUGUGAGAAGUUACGCCAUCUUGACCUGUCAUACAACAGACUGACCUUCUUACCACAGGAGAUGGAAAAUGCAAAUCGAUUACGUGAAAUGAACCUCGAGGGCAACCAAUUGUCUUCAAUGCCUUACGGUGCCUUACGUCUCCCUCGCCUGAAAUACCUGCGAGUUACCAAUAACUACAUGCACCCUCUUUUCUGGAAAGAACACACUAAGAAUGCUCCCCAGCGAUUGAGUGAUCUUGCCGCGUUAUGUUUCACUCAAAGUGGACGACGUGCAAGAUAUAAAACAAUACCAGAUGAAGCUGAAAAGUUGUUGAGCAAGGCUUCUCAGUGUAACUGCUGUAAUGGACCAAUUUACGGACCUGGGUUACGCAUAAUCCGACCAAUUUCUAAAAUAUUCUCUGUCAAAAACCUGCCAUUUUUAUUUCGAGCAUGCUCGCCAUUUUGCCGAGAUGUUUUUAUGGACAGUGGUGAAACCCUACAGGAGAUUUUAUACGGCCAAUCGGAUACACAAAUUGUAAAUACUCAAUCACCAAGUGAAUCACCAAGAGAAUCGUCAAGACAGAACGAUGCCAACAGUACACCACAAAGUAUUAUUUCUGGACCAAUAGGAAUCCAACAAGAUUUCGCAUUACAAAAACAGAAUGUUGCAGUGACAUAG